CAUGAAUGGUGGCCAAUGAAAGUGGUGACCCACAUCCCCCGGCACUGCUUUAAUCCCCCUCCCUUCACCCCUCCACCCCCAUCCUCUGCCACACACCACACCAACCAACUUCUGACAACCUCCUCCACCUCCUCUUACUCUCCCUUCCGUCGUACGACGCUCACUCACUCCCUUCGUGCUCACUCACUCACUCACUCACUCCGAGACCUCGUAUUGAGUGCCUGCCAUCACCACCCCACUCACCACCACCCUCACCACCACGAAGGCCGUAGUGGCUUUAUUGGCUUGAGGCGGGGAACGGUGACCAAACCGGUCCGACAGGAGAUCAUCAUUCCCUGCCGCAACAAUGGUACCUCCAAGUUCUCCUUCACCUUUCAGCCCAUCCAGGAAAGUGGUGGGCCUCAAGGAAGUUUUGAGUUCAUCAAGCAAUUCAGCCCCAGAACCCUGGAGUCUCUUGGCCCCAUGGUGGCCAGACUGUGGAUUCAUGCGAAGGAUGACACCUACGAGAAGACCCGGAAGAGUAUGGAGAAUGCCCAGAAGCAGGGCAAAAUGAACUGUGUGAAGGAAGUAACCAAUGCUGCUGCCAACCCCUUUGUGAGGCAGCGGCCAUCGCAUGGCAAAAUGAACAUGGUGGCGCCUCACAAGAAGAAAGACAUAAUGGGCGAGCAGAUUUCCUCCAAGUUCAGCUCCAACAACUCCACCUCCCCACACCGGCACCAGAGUGGAGGCACCACGGGACCCCCUUCAAACACAAGCAAGCCCCGUCCUCCCCCUCCCCCAACUGUCAAUGGUAGAAACAACAAUCCUGACUUGGUGCGGAGACCCCUUAGGGAGAGAAUCAUCCAACUCCUUGCUGUCAAGAAUUACAAAAAGCUUGAACUCAUCAACCGGCUGCACAGUGAUGGAAUAAAGGAAAAAGACCGGCGGCAAAUGAACAGCGUGUUGUUGAGCGUGUCACACGUGAAGGAAAACCUGCACCACUUGUCCCGACACUUGUGGAGUGAAGUGCUUGAGGACUGGCCCUUCUACACGGAAAAGGAAAAGGAGGCAGUCAAAAGAAAGAAGCCCCAGCAGAUACUGUCUGCCAGUGACAGCAACCACUCUCCCACCUCAGCCCCACCCCUGUCCCCCUCCUCAGAGCCUCAGGGGGUCAAGCGGCCCCAUGAGGAGCAGCUUGAUCCCACCGCCAAGAGGCCCCGAGGAGGACGCUGGAACGGUUCGUCCAAGUCCUUCAGGAGAAAAGAUGAGUCCUUCCCUGUGAGCAAUGAGGAUAAGUCCGAGCCUCAUUCUGACUCAUGGGUGUCCAGCAAACCAAAGUCCACCACGCCGAGCUCCGUCCUAGAGCACCGGCAGGAGGCAAGGAAUGGCCGCCACAACAAUCAUCAUCACAACCAUCGAGACAGUGGCAGCCGUGGCUCCCUCACCAACGGUACCUCCAACAACCUGGCUGCCAAUGCCAUCACCAAUACAUCCACCACCUCUGCCACCAUCACCACCAGUCCUGCCAGAAAGCCUUCCUCUACAUCCCCCCUCAACCAGGGAUCCUCCCCUCACUCCCACCAUCACCUCAAUGGCCUCCAUUCCCACCAUAACAACCAUCACCAUUCCUCAGGUAGCCACUCCCCCAUCAAUGGGGUCACCAGUAACCUUACUAAUGGCCAUGCCAACCACCACUCCAGGACCAAUGGCCAUGUCACACCUCCCGACUCCUCUCCAGACAGCCUCAGUGGGGAAGACUCACCACCAGCAUACUUAAGGAACUACACAAGUAUAGUCUCUUCUGAUCAACGGAGCAGAUACAAGGCAGACUUUAACCGUCAGUAUCAGGAGUAUCUUAAGUUACACAGCUUCAUUGAGGAGCGGACCAGACCCUUCACUGACCUGGAGGAGCAGCUCAGGAAUGAAACUCAUGGUUCUGAGGAGUAUAAUACCAUACGAUCCCGGAUCCUGAGGCAGUAUGAAGCCACUCAGCAAGAUCAUGACUUCCAGAAGAAAAAGAAGAGGUAUAACUACUUGCAUGAAAAGCUCACCCAUAUCAAGAGGCUGGUCAGAGAUUAUGAUGCCAAUACUCAUUCCUAGCACCGGUCCCCCACCCCUGCCCCAUCCCGCAUCUGGCCCUCUGGUCCCACACAGUCCUGGAGGGGGGGGAGGGACCUGCAGUGUAGACCAAACUGUGCCUCAACCUUCAUUCAAGGUACCAUUCAUGGCAAAAAAGGAAGAUAAAAAGUACUUGGCCAGAUCUUGACUUCCAGUGAUACAGCAUAGAAAUUAAGGAAGUAGAGCUGAAAACACUUUUCAUUAACUAUGUGUUGUGCACCUGGAGCCAGGCUUGGCCCAUGUGUGACUUGUUAAGUUGGAACGACACAAGAUGAGUCUCCUUCCCAAGUUUCAUGGUCGCCCAUAUUUUGGAAAGAAAUGGGUAGGGCAUAGGAAAAGAGAGACCACGGCCAACUAAAACAAACUUUUAUGCGCGUGUGUGUGUGUUUGUGUGUGUGUCUGCAGAAGCCAGCACCUGGUGUGCACAAGCCAGUUGCGAGCACUUGGUGUGUUCUUAGGAGCUCCCCCCAUCCCUCCCCAUACUUCCAGCUGUGUUCUGCCUCCCUCCCCCUCCCCUCAGAUCCCAUCCCUCACCUAAUUCCUCCCACCUGUGACCAGAAACUUUGUUGUGGGGGCAGCAAGCAGAAGUCGGCCUCCCUGGGGUGGGAGAUGGACCGCCUGGAGGCCAACCAAGAGCCAGUGUCAUGCUGGGUAUCAAGAAGGGAAUCUGCAAGAUAAGAUUCUCUCUCACCCAACACUGAUGCCAGACCUGCCAAUAUUGUAUAAAGUGAACAUUGGAUGUUACAUAUAUUGUAUAAAAUAUAAAAGUAUUCUAUUUUAGUAGAGUACUGAGUCAGCUGCAGACAAGAGUAGUCCCCCAAUAACUUUGUAUGAGUGUAUAUUUUAUAUCAUUCCAUGAGAAUUUGCCCCAAAUAUGUAGGCUAUAUAAUUCAAUUUGAUUGGUUGCAGAACAAUGUCGGGCGGGGAUGAUGUAUCUCAUGCCUGACCCUAAAAUGGAAUACAUUGUGAUAUUUUGCAGUACUGUCAGUACUGAGCCUGCAGCAUGGUGGGAGGUGUUCCUUGUCUCACCAUCAGCAGAGGCUCACUUGGGCACUAGACGCUCGCUCAAUGGGCCAAGCCUUGGACAUGAGGCUUGGUUUGCCAACCCUUUUGAAAAAAAAUAUCCCAGCCUUUUUGCCAGUUACAUGCUCACUCAUCCCAUGUGGGGAGUGGGGAAACUACCUACUUUGAUUUGAACAGAAUGACACCCAUGUGACUUGACUGCUGACUGACAGUUUGACAAUAGAGACUUUAGGAUAAGCAAAAAGACAGAGUAUUUCCUGUUACAGUAAUGAACUAGUAAGUGAAGUGCCACCAGGAGGAAUUUCAGCCAUUGACACAUUAAUUCAUGGUAUAGUUGAUUUUUAUAGUAUUUGAAAAGCUACUUAAUAAUGUGCAGUGGGACUAAUGAAAUUCAGAAUUGUUACCCUUAUUUGCACAAAGAAAUGGAAGUUGAUUGAGAGUUAAUUGUUGAUUAGUUUGUACAAUGAACAAUUAUUAAAUAUCUAAGAACACAAACUGCUCAUGCUCACUGACAGUAUAGUUUUUAGUGUACAGUUAUGGCUUUUGAAUCUGUGAGAAGAUUAUGGUUGCAUAAUGUUGGUUUGCUGCAGGAUUGGAAUUUGUUGGUAGAUGUUGAAGUGGCGAUGUGAUUGGAGUCAGUGUUGUGAUGCCUUGUGGUGCAGACCCACAGCUUUUCACUAUUUUAUGUGGCCUCAUUCCAAAGCACCUUUUAUGCUGAUAUGUUCAUAUAGACAAUUGUUGCACACGUAAUCAUAGCCUUACUCAUACCAAACUGCCUCAUACUCAUACUUAGGGUGACUUAUUUUAAUAAUGCCAAAUUCAGAUCCACAUCUGUUGUAAAUGCAUAAUAGUACAUAAUAAAUACACAAAAAAAUGGUACUAAAGAAAAGAUCUUAAUAGGAAUAUGAAUAACAUUUUCAGUUAAAUAAAACACAAUUUUGAGGAGCUGUACUUGAGAGACAAGAAUGUAAUGAUGGGUGUUGAAAUUGUCAGAAGGAAGUAAGAAUUUGGCUCAAGAAUGUAGAUAGCUCCAUCUUUUCUAAAUAUGAAAGAAAAGAUACACAAUGAUGUAGCAUAAGUCAGAACAAAUACUGUCAUCCAUGCAUUUAGAAGGUGACACUUUUAGGCUAAUGUUGAAAUUUUUUAAUGAAAGAUCAACUAUUAUUCUUGUUAUUGAAAGCUGAAAGAAUAGGAGAGGUAGUGUGACAAGGCAGCCAGUGAAAAUAUUUGUCAAUCUGUAAAUGUCAUGUCAUUCAUGUUUCUUUAAAACUAUUUUGCUCAUUUUGUACAUUAAGCACAGAAUGUUUUUAUCUUCCAUUUGUGUUUUGUGAAGAGGAAACUUGAAGUGGCAGUUUGCCACCAACAUAUUCUAUCAUGUUGUGUUCAGAGUUGUAGCUGAAUAGUGCAGUGAGAUGAUUCCUCAAAGGCACUCUGUUAGGUUUGAGAUUACUGUGCUCCAGCUGCAUACAUUACCUCAAAACUUUUUUAAAUGCAUUACAAUUAAUCCACAUUAUUUGCCAAUUUUAUUGUCACAACUGUAUGAUAUUUUCUGAGCAGCACUAAAUUGAUAUUUCCUAAAGGUAACGUCAUCAGCAUACAGCAAGAUCUGAUGCACUAGUAUCAGUCUGGUUCCUAGUGCCAGGUGUUUAGCAUGUUCUUCAUGCUUUGUGGGUUGGCUGAGGACAUUUUUGAUUAUUUUAUUUUUUUUAGCUAUUUCCAGAUAUUUUCAUUGAUUGCAUUCUUAAUGUUUUAAAAAUUUAUGCUUAUCACUAUAUUAUUGUUGUCAUACUCUAGUAAGACAUCAAUAGUUUAUCGUAUACUAGUCACACUAUUGCUGUAGAGAGGAUCAGUCUGCUCACAGUUAGUAGGCCUCUGUGCUCUUAGCUGAAACACAGGUGACCUUGGCUUAUGGUCACAUCCUGGGAUUGGCCAAAAGUUCUUUAGACUAAAAGACCUGUUCAGUAUUUUUGGUGUUAGAAAGAGCUUUGCUAUUUCCUCCUCUUGGUGGUCUUACAUGUGAAGGAGGAAAGGUGUUGAAUGUCACAUUGUGUUGGAGGAAACUGGUAUCCUAUAUUUAUUUGCUCAGUAGAACAAUAAAGGAAAUGUGUGUUGAAUGACUCUUCUGACCUCUGACAAGACUGGUGACCUUAGUUCUGUUGACAAGGACUUUCAAUGCCUACCCAUCAUAAGGUGCCAUAUACACUAAUUCAAUACUUAACACAGGACCUCUGACAAUAGUUGAGUCUUGUUGACACAUUUCUUAGCUUUUUGGGGGAGGGGUGAAUUUCUUGUUCUUAUUCCAUGAAAGGAUGCUGAAACUGUGGAAGUGGUUUGUUGCUGUGACCACAGUUGAGAUAGCUUAGAAUAGAGAUGGUCGAGGGCUGAGAGCAAAGUGUGCACAAAGGACUGCUGCGUCCACAAGGCUGGUGUCAUCAUGCUGUACACCACAGGCUCUCCCACUCAAGUAGGGUUGUUGGGUCUUGUUGUGUGUCCAGGUCAACAUGUAAAUAUCAUUACUAUUGUAAUUAUUGUAAGGUGAACAUUCAUGUGUGUUUACAAGACACAAGCAUACCCUCUUUUUUUCAUAGACACAGGUACCAAAGUAUAAAUAUUUAGAAUAAAAUUGAAAAGUUUUGCUCAAGUUCAUAGAUUAGCUGUGUGAGGGGGCACUUGUCAGAGUAUUGUAUGUUAUUAGAAUGAGAGCUCUUCAUUUUGUGUAGUCAGUGCUCAUACAUAGAAGAGAUCACUCUUCAUACACAGUGGCUUGGCGAACAAAAGCAAGAAUGGUUGAAGUUGUUGGAAGCAAUAGUGUUGUAUCAGCAUCUUGACAACAGCCUGAAAUCUGAGGUGGAUCUCAGAAUGUGCUAAGUGACUGAAAGAGGACACUGCAGCAUUGACUGUCUGAUGUUCAGGUUGGUUAGAGAAAAUCUGCCACCUGCUGAUCCUUGACAAGCAGUAAUAAUUCAGCAGAGUGCCUCUGACAAAGGCCUGAGUGCUUAUGUAGUUCUUUUCCUCUCACAAAUUGAAUUCCUGUGUCUGUUCAGCGUUAAUUAAGGUUGCUGAAACCUGGUGACAGUAGCCCUGCUCAGUGGUGAGAGAGUCAGCAGCCAUCAUAGUAGUACCAACAAGGUCCCAUGGUUAACUUCAAAAGUUGUGCCGUAUUUUUAUUUACUUGCAGCAAAACUCUUGUUGACUUCAGUGCUUCAUUGGAAGAUGUUUUCAUCCAAUUUCAUCAUGCUCUGACCAAUCAUUUUUGAAUUUCCUAACUUAAUGCUCUAGAAACUGUGCCUUUGUGAAGGAGGCAUUCCCCCCAUUUUUUCCUUCCCCCAGGAUAAUAAUGAACAGAAUGAUGAUAACAUUGUCCAUAAUGUAAUAUAAUGGUUGUACAGAGUGUGGGUCCAGGCCCGCACGACACACCCAGCGUCCCAGUGUUGACGACCGCUGCCCGGCCAGGCCUCUCCAUGCUUCCACUAUUCCUGUACAGUUUUCUUUAGCUUAUUAUUAUUGUUACUGUAAUUAUUAUUGCUUUAAUUUAUAUGCAAAUAAUGUAGGGGUUAAUAUUCAGAAAGUGGGGUAUUGGUGUGAAAGAAAAAGAAAAAUUGAAAUAAAAAGUAACAUUAUAUCAAAAUACCAAAAAUAAGUUCUGCACAUUGCAGCUCGCUGUCCCUGCUAUGAUGCCUACUAGCAAAUAGUGUUAUCAUAUAUAUGGGUCUUAAUAUUUAUACAGCAGCAUCACCAGUGGCUACACACACACACACUACAGUAUUAUUAUUGUCCAAGUUGUCUGUGGGUGGAGGCCCCUGCACACCUGCCCUGCCUGCCUCAUGGCUUUGUUUUACAAGAAACUAAUUUUGUAUUAAUUUAAUUUGAAUUAUUUUGGUUUGCUUUGAACUAAACCAAGAAGAUAAUUUUGAGUUUGAGGUUUAACUUGAGUGGCAAGGAAGGGUGCUGGUGGUCAGGGGAGGCUCACUCCACACUGCUAACAACACAUUACCAACUGGUGUUUGACAGAUAAUCAAAGGAAAGAUCUUAGCAACAUGGAUCUCUGAGUUGAUGACUGGAACUCACAUAAAUGAUUUUUUUCUCUCCAGUUUAGACACUUCUAUUUUACUUAGGAAAAUUGUAUAAUUUUCAUAACGUGAAAGCCAAGAAUGGUUGUGUUAGCAAUUACUGUGUCAGUUUCCUUUAGUGACUGCAGAAAUGUGUGCAUAAUGCAAGGAAUAUUCCUUGUCCAGACAAUAUCAUUUGUGUCCAAUGAGGGGAAUUUCAGCGGUCCAUGUUUUCCUGGUGCAGGAAGCUGUGGUAGACCACUGUCCAUGUGCUGCGGGUCCCAGCUGUGUCCAAAACUUAAGAACUACCGACCAUAUGUUCUCGUCCAAAAGUAAUGUUUUGUUCAGUAAAUUUUCCUUGUUUACUAGCUGACUGAUGAACAGUAAAUUGAGAAAGAGUGGACAGGAUGUGUCUGUGGCUACAAGUGUGGCAGGCUGUGCCCACUCUGCCUCCUAGACACUUUGUAUGUGAGAGCCAAAUUGUAUGUGAGGUGCCAAACUGCUGGUGGACAAAGGCUUCAGUGAAGGCCAAUCAACCAAUAACAAAAUGGCUCUUUGAGUGUCUUCUGGCAUUGAUUUUGGAGUUUGCAGUCCUAUGGAGUUUUUACGUAUGGUUAGCUAAAAUUCAAUAGUUAUUUGGUAACAAUCUCAUACAUGUAUUAAAAAUCAUCAAACACUGCCAAAUAUUGCAGAUGCCAUUUAAGUAAUACUUUAAUAAGACCAAAUGUCUAUGCAAAAUUGAAAGAGAGUGAUGCAGUUUUACCACAAGCAGUGCCUCGUCCAGUGUUUUCUUGGUGGUUUGUGACUGAUGCCUCCUGCCUGAGGUGCAUCAUGUGGUGAGGAAUUGGAAAAAAAACUCCGCAAAGCUGAUGAUAAUACUUGUGACGACUAGUGCUUGGCAUUUAUCUGUAAGUUUUUGCCCAUAUGUAUACCCUGUGAUAUUUCUUUACAAAGGGUUCCUGUGUUUUUUUUUUUCCUUUUUUUUUAUCAUGAACCAUUUUGUAAUCCUGUGAUUGUCCUGGGCAGGAACCCCGACCCAGAGUUACAGUCUGUGCCGCGCUGACCCAGGCGGGGCCUCAUCUGGGCAGGGCCGCCCAGAGCUACAACCUCUGCUAGGAGUGGUGUACACAAGAAAAUGAUAAAUAAAAAAAAAGUAUCAUUAUUGCAUGCAGCAAA